AUGCUUGACGACUGGACGGAUGGUAUGCGUGGCUACCGUACGAAGCGCGACGCUCAGCACCAGACUGUCGCGUCUAAGUAUAACAUCCUCGGUUUCAUUUCAUCGGGAACAUAUGGACGCGUAUACAAGGCCCAGGCAAAGAGCGACGAUGGCCGUGUACAUGCUAUCAAGAAAUUCAAACCUGACAAGGAGGGUGAAGUACCGACCUACACCGGGAUUAGCCAGAGCGCCAUUCGCGAAAUUGCGCUCAAUCGGGAGAUAUCCCAUGAGAAUAUUGUUGCCCUCAAGGAGGUCAUCUUGGAGGACAAGUCCAUAUACAUGGUCUUUGAAUAUGCGGAACACGAUUUUCUGCAAGUGAUUCACCAUCAUUCACAAACCCUCCGACAAGCGGUCCCUCCCUCUGUCUUGAAAUCGCUGAUAUGGCAGCUACUGAAUGGCCUUGUCUAUCUCCACUCUUGCCAUAUUCUCCAUCGUGACCUGAAGCCAGCCAAUAUACUUAUCACCGCUGGUGGAGUGGUGAAGAUCGGCGACCUAGGUUUGGCGCGUCUAAUCUACCAACCUCUCCAGCACCUCUCAGCUGGCGACAAAGUCGUCGUAACAAUCUGGUAUCGUGCCCCCGAACUCUUGAUGGGCGCCAAACACUACAACAAGGCGGUAGACAUGUGGGCAACUGGCUGUGUCAUGGCCGAGUUGGCGAGCUUGAGACCCAUCUUCAAGGGAGAUGAAGCCAAGCUGGACUCGAAGAAGAAUGUACCUUUCCAGCGUGAUCAACUACUGAAAAUCUUCGAAGUUUUGGGCACAAUAGACGAACGAGAAUGGCCGAGUGUCAAAGAGAUGCCGGAAUACCAUAACAUGAAGCGUCUUGAGUACUAUCCCAACGGAUUUAGCACUUGGUGUUCCAAUCGCCUUCGCUCUCCCAAGGCUCAGGAUUUCCUCAGACAGCUGUUUGCAUACAGCCCAGAUACACGUCUCACGGCGGAAGAUGCUAUUUACCAUGAGUGGUUCAGAGAAGAGCCGCUUCCAACUCUGAAGUACGUGCUUUUCCUGUCAACCAGCGAUCCUUAA